AAUAAGAUAUUUUCAUUCAUUAAUUUAGGUCACUCCUGUCAUCAAACGAUAGAGAAACCAUAAUCGAUUGAACCCCACUUAUUCAAGAACAGUUUGCAUUCUUUACUCGAUUUUCACUCACGGUUCACUUUCUCCUGGAACAUUUGUGACAAAAGAGUAGAGACCAUUGUCAAGGAAAAGGAACGAAAUGGUUCGCGAGAUCACUGAACAAAAUGAAAGGAAUACACACGUUGGUUAACAGCAAUUUCGUCCAGAAUCAUGAACCUGUUGGCAACGAUCUUGUUGGUCCUCGUGGUAGGACUAGUCAAUGGUCAAUUAAACUUCGAGGGUAAUCCGUUGACGGAAAACACCGAGUACACGGCCGUGGAAUCACGACUCUUCGAAACUGCAAGACAAAAAAUGAGAACAGAGAACAUUACGAAUAUUGCGACAGAAUCUUCUCAAAAGUUUCAUCUUUCAUCAUCGGCCCCAAAUGUUAAUAAUUCGACCCAAUCCGCAAAUCCGAUAAAAAUCGAUGAUCAUGCAAUCAUCCAAAGAGAUUUAUAUAAUUUGUCGUAUCCAUCGAAACAAGAGAAGAUCGUUCAAACAGGUCGACAUUUGUCUACAAAUACCAACAAUCAAGGAAUCACCUCCAAGGCUCAAGUAGCGUUGAACACUUUUCUAAAUUCCAAAACGCCAGAAGAGUCGCGGCUGUCUUUAGAUCAUUAUUUACGAAGCAAAGAAAAUAUCAAGAACGUCGAACCAAUAGUCGCUAAUGAACAACAAUUAACGCAACAAUUAGUUAAUCAGCAACCCAUAUCCUCCUCGGUGAAUCAACAUUUGACUGCACAACUUAUGCAACAAAGACAGACAUUGCAACCUUUUCCAGUUAAUCAACCGACCUACAAUUCGCCUGUGAACCCGAUAGAUAUUCAUUCGGCUAUAUCAAAUCCAAUAUCUAUACCUUUAAUGCAACAAUCGUACGCGCCUGGAAUUCAAGCGAGGAACGAUGUCUUUUAUCCUGGAUGGUAUCAACGUAUGAGAAAAGUGCACGGAAAACUUCCUUAUGCACAAUCUAGGGUUGGAUCGGGGAUAUAUGUUGGUCCUGUUCCUCCAGCAGUACCGUUCAAGCAGAAAGGCUCACCUGUUGAAGUGAUCUACACGAAGCCACCAGGAUUUCAUCGUGGUCCACCAAUUAUCAACAACCAUCCUAUCCCAUAUGAAGACGCUGCUUGGUUCCCCGAAGUUGAUCAUCCACCGUCAUCGAAUAAAGAUAUCUACUAUUCUCAACUAUACGCCCAAUCGUACGAUCCUUAUUAUUACAAUUAUAUCGCUAAAACGGGAAAGAUAAAACCUCAUUUGUAUGGAAAAUUGGGUAAGUAUCACGAAGAGGAAGACGAUGGUAUUUGGUCAGAAUUGUACCAAGGAUUCAAGAAACACGGUUUAAAAAAUAUUAUGACACCAACGUUCCUCUUGGGAAUGACUCUUCCCGUGGUCACUCUAAUGCUCACUGCGCUCGUGCAGAAAAGAUCCUUCGCUAGGUCGGAUUCGAGAAAAUUCUCGACACGAGAGGAGACGAUCCAAGAUUAUCUGGAACAAGUUCAAAGAGCUGUAGAAUGUUAUGAAAAGAAAAGAAGGAAGAGAGACACGAAUGUAGAUGAGUGUUAGAGUUAUAACUACCUUUAAUUCCAUUAAUUUAUUAAAUACGAAUGGAUGAUCAAAGAAAUGGAGAGGACGUCUUAUGUACAUACCUUAUGUAAUAUA